CCGCCAUUAAACGAUAGAAGAAGUUGAAGAAGAAGCGGGAAAGAUAUAAACAAAAAUGGAAGUCAGAGAAGACUCCUGUGAUGAGUUAGACAUUCUCCCUUCGUCAUAUUUACAAAUGUACGAGUCGCAGUUUUUCGGCUUCACUCCGCAGACAUGCAUGUUGCGGGUCAACAGCGCCUUCUGGGACUGUCUGUGCGACAUCAUGCCGGUGGUGGAGACAGAGUGUGUGCGACAACUGAGGAAAGGCAAGUCGGAAGCAGCGGUGGAGCAGCUGCGGGUGCGAGCUCGGGAGUGUACCCGGAAGCUACAACACUUUUUAUGUCAGCGUUUUAAGCAUAUAUCAGAGGCCAUGGGGGCGCUUGUGGUUACUCGCUGCUUGUCUAUUCCACCCAAUGUCCUGCUUCCGGAGGAUCAGCCCCACAGAAAACAUCCCCCGGACACACAGGAGAUGCUCAGACUGGAGUCGUCCGUGACUGACCUCCACAGGGCCUAUGAGGCGGAGCUGUGCGCCAGACAUGCUUUGCAGGCGGAGCUGGAGGAGCAAGCAGUUGUGCAGAAGCAGCUGGAUGACUUCCUGACAUGGAUCAGAGAGCUUCAGGCUGCCUGGCUAAUGGAGGGAAACGGCAGCUUCCAGGAAAGUUUCCAACUGGUGACGGCAUCUGUGAAGAAACUGCAGGAAGCCAUAGUGGAGGUGUGCAACAAGACCCCUUAAUCAAAUGAUAUUACUUUUUGCCGUCCGCUUUACUCUUAAAUCUGUGUGACAUGCAAUGCGGGAAAGGUAAAAGCUAAAAAUCGUAAUCAUUGUUUUAAUAUUGUUUGUCCUUAAUAAAUAAAAACUGCCUUAUAAAGAAAA